GAGAUUUAGAUGAAAUGGCAUGGCAUGUGCGUGUACAAUCCUAAUAAUGCAUAUGCAUCGUUGUUGUGUGUGUGCGCGUGGGCACUGACUCGCUGGAAUUGAAGGAUCCGGUGGAUUUCACGGCGUAGGGAGGAGGAGGAACACCCACCCCUACGCUGCGAAUCAGCCAUGAAAGGCGGUUUUUCAGCGCCCGGUGAUUACAUUCACUUCAAGUCCCAAGUCCCUCUCCACAAAAUCCCUAUUGGCACCAAGCAGUGGCGGUACUAUGAUUUCGGUCCAAAAGUUGUACCUCCUCUUAUAUGUCUUCCUGGAAUAGCUGGAACUGCAGAUGUAUACUAUAAACAGAUCAUGUCAUUGUCCAUGAAGGGUUACCGUGUCAUAUCUGUUGAUAUACCUCGUGUAUGGCAUCAUACUGACUGGAUUCAGGCAUUUGAAAAGUUCUUGGAUGCUAUUGAUGUACACCAUAUACAUCUUUAUGGAACAUCACUUGGUGGAUUUCUAGCACAACUCUUUGCUCAGCAUCGUCCAAGAAGAGUUCGAUCUUUGGUUCUAUCAAAUUCAUUUUUGGAGACACAAAGUUUCUCUGCUGCUAUGCCAUGGGCACCCGUUGUUAGUUGGACUCCUUCCUUUUUGUUGAAGCGGUAUGUUUUAACAGGAAUUCGUGAUGGUCCCCAUGAACCAUUUAUUGCGGAUUCAGUGGACUUUGUUGUUUCUCAGGUGGAAACCCUCUCUAGAGAAGACUUGGCCUCCAGAUUGUCGCUGACAACGGAUGAUGGUUCAGUGGGACCUCUUCUUCUUUCUGAUUCGUGUAUCACUAUAAUGGAUACUAAUGACUACUGCGCAAUUCCUCAACAACUUAAAGAUCAAUUGAGUGAAAGGUAUCCUGAGGCAAGGCGUGCAUAUAUGAAAACAGGUGGAGAUUUUCCUUUCCUUUCACGACCAGAUGAAGUCAACUUACAUCUUCAGUUGCAUCUUAGGCGUGUUGGUGUGGAACCUCGGCCAGACUUGGUGCACGGUAUUCCGAAAGGCGACCUUGGAGGAAGUCCUAGCAAUGAAAAUGAUGGCAGUGACUCUGACAAGUCACCUAAGGAUGAUGAUAGGGGAGGCUCGGAAAAUCCAUCUGCUGAAAGUGAGAUACAACCUGCCCCAGAAAGCUCAGGAUCCCAUAGUUUAGACAACCAGCCACUUGAAAGUUCAGAAUAUCACCAAUUGGGUCAUGAAAUCACCUUGUAUAUCUUUCCCGGUGAAUUGAUGAAGGAAAAGCACAUUGUGCCUCCAAAAACUCCUGUACAUUUUAUGUGGGAAUAUAUUGUUCUUUUUCAUGUUCUUCGUUACAUCAGUUCAUUGUACAUUCUCUGGAACCAUUCUUUGGAAUUUAGGCAAGUUGUAUAAGUUGGGACUUGGGAGUCUUUUCAAUAUUUAUGUAUCAUGACAACUGGGUGAAAGAUAGUUGGCAGGGUCGAGCUUAUUGUGGAUUGGACUUGUGAAUUCUUUUGGCUAAUUUAUUGUUUGAAAUUUGUAGGUUGCAUAUGUAAACUGUAAACCGCUAAAAUAUUAAAUUUAUAUUUCCUGUUUUAUGCUUUUGCUUUAA